GGAGUAUUUACGUAAAGCUUCGAAUAUUGGAACUCAUAAAAAAAAAAUACAAUAAUGCAUUUUUCUUUCUUUUACAUUAUUUUAUUAUGGCACAUACAUUAGAUACACUUGUUGAGAAAUGGCUGUCUCUUGACAAAGUAAGUUUGAGUUGGUGUCUAUGCUUCUUAAUACUCACAAAAAAAGAACCAAGACACUCGUCAAGAAAUCAUUCAGCUUCAAAAAGAAAACAAUGUUCAGGAACUUGAAAAGCGCUUAUCGACUUAUAUUGAGUUUGGAACUGCAGGUUUGCGUGCUCGAAUGGAAGCUGGUUUCUCGAGAAUGAAUGACUUGACAGUUCUCCAAGCUUCUCAGGGCCUUGCUGUCUAUAUCGAAAACAACGUAAAAGACGCAAAGGUUCGAGGUGUUGUUGUAGGACAUGAUCAUCGUCAUCAUUCUUCUGAUUUUGCUCGUUUAACAGCUGCUGCCUUUUUGCAACGUGGUAUCAAAGUCUGGUUCUAUAAGGAUUUAGUUCAUACACCUCUUGUGCCUUACACAAUCAAGAAAUUAAAAGCUGCUGCUGGUGUCAUGAUCACUGCUUCUCAUAACCCUAAAGACGAUAAUGGUUAUAAAGUGUACUGGGAAAAUGCCUGUCAAAUCAUUCCUCCUCAUGAUGAAGGCAUUGCAGCUUCUAUUCAACAACACCUGGAGCCUUGGGGAUGGGAAUACAACCUAGUCGAUACCAGUGACCUUGUCAGUGACCCCACGGAUCUAGGUGUGAUCGAUAGUUAUUUCAACGAAGUACAAGCCCUCUGUCGAAACAAGGCAGACAAUCAAGCCACACGCAUCAAGUUUGUCUAUACAGCCAUGCACGGUGUAGGCACACCUUUUGCUGAACGCGCUUUCGGGUGCUUUGAUCUGCCUGCGUUUGUGCCUGUUCAAGAACAAGUCCGUCCUGAUCCUGACUUUCCCACGGUUGCCUUUCCUAAUCCCGAAGAAGGCAAAGGUGCACUCACGUUAGCCAUCCAAACAGCCGAACGUGUGGGUGGUCAUAUCAUCUUGGCCAAUGAUCCUGAUGCAGACCGUCUUGCGAUUGCUGAAAAACAACCGGAUGGCGAAUGGAUCAUUUUCACAGGCAACCAAAUCGGGUCUAUCUUGGGCGCUGCUUCUUUUGAAAAAGCCAUGACUGCUGGUCUUAAGCCAGACCAAUUGGCCAUGGUUGCAAGUACAGUGUCUUCCAAGUUUUUGGCUCGAAUGGCACAGGUUGAAGGAUUCACGUUUGAAGAGUCCUUGACUGGGUUCAAGUGGAUUGGCAACACAGCCAUGCGUCUUGAACAAGAAGGAUUGAAGGUGGUAUUUUCGUAUGAAGAAGCUAUUGGUUUUACCAUUGGUGAUAUCGUCAAGGACAAAGAUGGUGUGAGUGCCUUGGGUUUCUUUGCUGAAUGGGCUGUGCAGCUGUAUAAGCGUGGCUUGACAGCUUAUCAAUACUUGGAAGAACUCUAUCAAAAGUAUGGUUAUUUUGUUUCGGAAAACUCUUAUUUUAUUUGUGACGAUAAGCAAAAGAUUGCCAAGAUCUUUGAACGUAUUCGUUUUGGUGAUCAAAAACAAGCUGAUGCAAGCUCCAAGUAUGGUUAUAAGCUGGAUUAUCCUACUACUGUGGGUGGCUAUAAAGUGACUGGUAUCAGAGAUUUGACAGUAGGCUAUGAUUCUUCUAAGCCUAACCAUGAGCCUACGUUACCUGUCUCUUCUUCUUCUGAAAUGAUCACUUUUAGCUUGGAAAACAACACUGUUUUUACAAUUCGUACAAGUGGUACUGAACCUAAAAUCAAAUACUAUUCCGAAUUGCGUGGAGAAAGUGAAGAACAAGCCAAGAUAGAUCUUCACCGUGUUGUAGAAGCUAUUGGUGAUGAAUUGAUGGAAUACCAAAAGAAUGGUCUUGCUAAAAAGAAGCAAGACAUUUAAAAUUCCGCUGUAUAAAAAUAAAAAAUAUUUUUUUUUUGCUUUUCUUUUUCUUCAUCGCC